GAGGGAGGCGGAGCGCGGUGCAUGAUGGGACGCGAGUGUAAUCUCCAUCAGCCGCCUACUGACCCCUGACAGCAAACACGGAAGCAGCAUGGCGUCAAACAGCAGCAGCAGCGCGCAGCAGAGACUCAGGAUCAUAGCCGGACACUUGCAGAAACGGCCAGAAGAUGAAAACGCGGGCGUCGCUGCGCAGGAGUGUAAAGCCGAGGCGCCCCGGUCCGAGCCGAGCAGCACCACACCGGUACCGAGGAGGAGACAGGAGAUCAUGAAGUGGAAUGGCUGGGGUUACAGUGACUCGAGGUUCCUCUUCAAUAAAAAAGGUCAAGCAGAGUUCACGGGGAAACGGUAUCGGUUGAGUGGGCUGAUUUUGCCGAGUCUGAAGGACUGGUUUGAGGGAACGUUUGGAGCCAAUUUGAAGCACAGAUCUCCUGCUACACCCAGCCUGAAUUUGAGCGCGGUCGCUCCUCCUAACCUGAACCAGCCCUUCAUGGAGGAUCUGAAAGCAGCGGGUCUGUCCGUGUCACAUGACCCAGAGGACCGGGUUUUCCGAGCUCAUGGUCACUGCCUGCAUGAGGUCUUUGCCCUACGUGAGGGGAGGAUAGGACGGGUUCCUGAUAUGGUGAUCUGGCCGAGCUGUCACAAUGAUGUGGAGAAGAUUGUGGAACUGGCCUGCAAACACAACGUCUGUUUGAUACCAUAUGGAGGUGGGACGAGUGUGUCCAGUGCACUAGAGUGCCCUCGUGAGGAGACUCGCUCCAUUGUUUCUUUGGACACAUCUCAGAUGAACCGGAUAUUGUGGAUUGAUGAGAAGAAUCUAACCGCUCAUGUGGAGGCUGGGAUCAUCGGACAGGAUCUGGAGAGACAGCUGAAUGAGCGCGGUUACUGUACGGGCCACGAGCCGGACUCCAUGGAGUUCAGUUCUCUGGGCGGCUGGGUGGCCACACGGGCGUCAGGCAUGAAGAAAAACAUCUACGGCAACAUUGAGGACCUGGUGGUGCAUAUAAAGAUGGUGACCCCUAGAGGAGUGAUUGAGAAGAGCUGUCUGGGGCCCCGCAUGUCCACCGGCCCCGACAUACAUCACUUCAUACUGGGCUCAGAGGGGACUCUGGGAGUGGUGACUGAAGUGACUCUGAAGAUCCGACCCGUUCCCGAGUAUCAGAAGUACGGCUCUGUUGUCUUCCCAAACUUCCAGCAGGGUGUGGCGUGCCUGAGAGAGGUGGCCAGACAGAGAUGCGCUCCAGCAUCCAUUCGGCUAAUGGACAACGAGCAAUUUCAGUUUGGUCAUGCUCUCAAGCCACAAGUGUCCUCCAUGUUUACAUCAUUCCUGGACGGCUUGAAAAAAUUCUACAUCACAAAGUUUAAAGGCUUCGACCCGCACCACCUGUGUGUCGCCACGCUGUUAUUCGAAGGGGAUCGUGGGAAGGUUUUACAGCACGAGAAACAGGUUUACGACAUCGCAGCCAAAUUCGGGGGUCUGGCAGCAGGAGAGGAUAACGGUCAGAGGGGUUACAUGCUGACGUUUGUCAUCGCGUAUCUGCGGGAUUUGGGAAUGGACUACUAUGUGAUCGGAGAGUCGUUUGAGACAUCUGUGCCUUGGGACAGGAUUUUGGACUUGUGCAGGAAUGUGAAGGAGAGGAUUGUAAGAGAGUGUAAGGAGAGAGGAGUACAGUUCCCUCCGCUCUCCACAUGCAGAGUUACACAGACGUAUGAUGCAGGUGCUUGUGUGUAUUUCUAUUUUGCCUUUAAUUACCGGGGUCUGAGUGAUCCAGUUCACAUCUAUGAACAAGUGGAGCAUGCAGCCCGGGAGGAGAUUCUAGCCAACGGAGGAAGUCUGUCACACCACCACGGAGUGGGAAAACUCCGGAAGGAAUGGAUGAAAGAGAGCGUGUCCGGCGUGGGGCUCGGCGUGCUCAAGUCGGUGAAGGAGUAUGUGGACCCUCAGAACAUUUUUGGCAACAGAAACCUGUUGUAAUUCACUAACACACACUGUAUUCAUGUUUUCUAUUAUCUUCGUUAAAUUUUGAUUUAAACUUCAUAUUGCUGUGUUUCCUGGUGUGUGUGCGCCCAGUAAAACCAUUCUUCUGUUUCCCAUUAACUCCAUCCUCUUGCAUUAUUUGACCUUUGACCUCAUCUGUAGUGAGUAGGCAGGACUCAAGCGCCUGUGACAUCCUGCCUCCUCGCGAUCACGUGACUUCAGUUCUCGCCGGUCUUCCCAGUGCUCGUCUGACUGAACAGGUUUCUGAUGCUGUAACGUCUGGAUGUUUGUGUGUCUGGCACCACUGUUGAGUUUGGGACAGUAACAGUGACUGAAUGAUGCUUUCUAAAGCAGUGUGCCUUCUGUCUGUCUUCCACUCCUCUUUCUGAGUGGCUAAAUGUUUACUGUCUCUCUGAUCCUCUCUGUACUUUUGCCUUUUCUAUUCGUCUGUCAAACUAGGUAUACUAUCAUUUUGGGUCAAUCUCAUUGAAAAAAAAAGUCCUAUUUGUAUUUCACUCCAGACUCAAAGGGAAUACAAGAACAAUAGUCAAACCCGGGUCUUUUUUUUUUUUUUUUUUUUAGAAAAAUUAUGAACAAUUUCCCCUUUAAUCCUACAGUAAUAAAAAUAAUUUAUUUAAAAAUAAUUAUUUGUAUUACAAAAAAAAAAUUUGGGAAUAUAAAUCUAUUGAUUGUAUUUAUACUAUAAAAAAAAAAAAAAAAAAUAUAUAUAUAUAUAUAUAUAUAUAUAUAUAUAUAUACAGGAGCUGGUCAUAUAAUUAGAAUAUCAUCAAAAAGUUGAUUUCACUAAUUCCAUUCAAAAAGUGAAACUUGUCUAUUAUAUUGAUUCAUUACACACAGACUGAUAUAUUUCAAAUGUUUAUUUAUAUAACUGACAACUAAGGAAAAUCCCAAAUUCAGUAUCUCAGAAAAUUUGAAUAUUAUUUAAGACCAAUACAAAGAAAGGAUUUUUAGAAAUUUUGGCCAAAAGAAAAGAAUGAACAUGAAAAGUAUGAGCAUGUACAGCAUUCAAUACUUAGCUGGGGCUCCUUUUGUCUGAAUUACUGCAUCAAUGCGGCGUGGCAUGAUCAGUCGAUCAGUCUGUGGCACUGCUCAGGUGUUAUGAGAGACCAGGUUGCUCUGAUAAUGGCCUUCAGCUCUUCUGCAUGCUUGGGCCUGGCAUAUCGCAUCUUCCUCUUCACAAUACCCCAUAGAUUUUCUUUUCAGGCAAGUUUACUGGCCAAUUAAGAAUUGGGAUACCAUGGUCCUUAAACCAGGUACUGGUAGCUUUGGCACUUUGUGCAGGUGCCAAGUCCUGCUAGAAAAUGAAAUCUGCAUCUUCAUAAAGUUGGUCAGCAGCAGGAAGCAUGACCUUUUGUGUCUUGUCCUCCUUGUGCAAGGUGUCAAUGGUUGUCUUUUGGACAACUGUCAAGUCAGCAGUCUUCUCCAUGAUUGUGUAGCCUUCAGAACUAGACUGAGAGACCAUUUAAAGACCAUUGCAGGUGUUUUGAGUUAAUUAGCUGAUUUGAGUGUGGCACCAUGUGUCUUCAAUAUUGAACCUUUUCACAAUAAUAUUCUAUUUUUCUGAGAUACUGAAAUUUGGGAUUGUCCUUAGUUGUCAGUUAUAAUCAUCAAAAUUAAAAGAAAUAAACAUUUGAAAUAUAUCAGUCUGUGUGUAAUUAAUAAUGAAUAUAAUAUACACGUUCCACUUUUUGAAUGAAAUCAACUUUGAUCAUAUUCUAAUUAUAUGAUGACCAGCACCUGUGUGUGUGUGUGUGUGUGUGUGUGUGUGUGUAUAUAUAUAUAUAUAUAUAUAUAUAUAUAUAUAUAUAAGAAUUAUAAAUUAAGUAAUUAUAAAAACAUUGACUAGUCUAUGUGACCUUGCUGUUAAAGCGUUAAAAUGUUCUCUCUCUUAUGGAGAUGAAAUGUGACGUGGACGUUUUUGUGAGAUUCUCCUGAUGAAGAGCUGCAGUUUGUGCUGAGAUCUCUCUGUAUCUGUGGGCUUAAACACAUGCUGUGUCUCCGUGGAUCUGGUUUGGUUGAUCAUCUCAAUGAUCCGCAUCAAAUCUCUCCUUGUGUUUCUACCAAAGACUGCUUCAGCCACACACACGUCUGUACAUCCUGUACAUAAACAUGAUCACAUGGUUUGGAGAGCACGUUCACUGAAGAUCCAUCAUGAUAAACUGUAUUUUUUUAACACAACGUAUGCAAAAAGCCAGAGGUGAUCUGAACUGAGAUCUAAAACGUUAUAUGUGACUGUUACAUCUUUUGUUUUGUAUGCAUUCAAGCAGGAUUCCUCCUCCAUUCAUCUGCUGUCGAUUUGUGUCUCUGAGAGUCCGUUAUACUCUGUUCUUCUCAAAGUGAUUUGAUUUGUGUAGGAGACGCUUGCUUUCAGAGAAAUAGUUCACUUAAAACAGAACAUUCUCUCAUUAUUUACUCGCCCUCGGGAUGUUUCAAACCGAAUGACUUUCUUCUGUAGAACACAAAAGGAGAUGUUUGGAAGAAUGUUCAUGCUGUUCUUUUCCAGACAGUAUGGAUAAGAGAUAGUCCACACUAUUAAAUUUGUAUGUCUUCAUUAUGAUCACUUAUGAGACACGUGACCACUGCCAUGAUAUAAAACCUGCUGCACAUCAACACAUUUAAAAAUGUGCAAUUCAGUUUUGAGAGUUACUGCUGAUACUUCGUGGUUACUUUUUUUAUUAAUAUGACUGAGGUUGGAGCUAAUGAUGACAGUUUUUUUAAGUGAACUAUUUGUGUAGGCCUGUAAGCUGUGCAGACACAUCCGUUACUGAUUAAUUUAGUGUUUAACAGCUUAGAGUUCACACUACCGUGGCACUUUUGUAAAACACUGAAGCCUAAAGACAUAAUCCAAUAGCCUUGCAGGGUCUUUAUUGUCAGACGUCCUGCCCACUGCUCCUCGAGCCUGUCAGACGGGGGCCACUGCUUUCCUAAAUGACACUCGACCAAUUAAUACGUGUCAGAGGAGCUUUUAUAUGUCUUAUAAAUCCACCUGAAACACAAAAUGAAGGAUCAGACGAGGUCAGAAUGAUUCCUGAAUGGUUUCAUCAUCAACCGUCUCUGUAUUAACAUAUUUCUUUCUGAAUAUUAUGAAAGGUCCCUUGUCUUUCCGCAGAUUUCCACUUGUUUAAUAUCAGAGUACAUUUUGUCAAAGCUGUUUGUGCAAUAAAUGAACGGAACAUGUCGGAACCGUUUA